AAUACAUGCAUCUAUCUUCUUCAUCCUCUGCAAAUUAAAACAUGGCUUCAUCUCUCCGUUCAUUUGCAGCUGCCCUUCUGUUUGUGAUGCUGUUCAUGGCCACUGAGGUGGGAAGAAACACAAUAAUGGUGGCGGAGGCGAGGAAUUGCAAGACGCCGAGCGCCAAGUACGAGAGGCCAUGUUUUACGUCAGCGUCUUGCUCAAGGGUUUGCCGGAAGUACGAGGAGUUAAUCGACGGCACCUGCGAAGGAGGGGCAUCCAGACAUGUGCAUUAGGCCUUGCUAAUUCAUCAAUCAACCUCUCUCCUUCUCUCUCUCUAUAUAUAUAUAUAGUUGAGUUCAAAUGAUGAGCACUAUAUUAUAAAGGACUGUACGGAUUGGUAUAAUCGUGUGCCAUAGUUUGCAUGUAUUGUGUAUUAAGUUUAUUAACUAAUAAAGUUUGAGUUUAAAAUCUGAUGU